AUGGCCUCUCCAGAAGAGCCAGUCGGAAAGGCAUCAGCUACAAAACCUUCUCAAAUCCAAGUUAUUCAGGAAAUCCUUCCAUCAAUUAACGACUUUAAAGAAAUGAUGCUCGCCAACGACUUCUCCGGUCAAGAUAGUGCGCCCCAACCCUUUGAAGGGAUAACCGGGAAUGCAGUCAACAGACCAAGAAACUCUGAAGAUUUGAACGAGCUCGGGGAUAAGAGCAAUACUGAAGAUAAUCUGGGACCUAAAGAUAUGCCAGUGGAAAGUACUAGGAAGAAUAAGGAAAAGAGAAGGCUCAGCUCUCAGACUGUGGUUUUGCCAGAUCAACAGACCUUGUCGUCAGAUAGCUCGGCCUGGGUCUCUGAAACAGAAGAACUCCAAAUUAUUCAGCCCCGUGGUAGAUCAAAGAGUAGGGGUAAUUCCCUUUCAAAUUGCGCCUCUCAAACGAACUCAAAGAAAGCGCAGAAGCUUUCACCGGCCCGGCUUGGUGAGCUAUUACACGAUACACCAACAACAUUUUCCAUCCAACCGUCGUCCCAAGAUCAAGUACCACCCCUCAUGUCUACUAUUACCUCUCCAACAAGGCACAGAUCUAUAACAAACCCAACUACUACUUCUCCGAAUGGUGUAAAGGGUCCGCCAUUCGCACGACCACAAUUGUCGGCCUUGGACCGAACAUUAUCUGCACCUACGGGUAUGAGACGAAGCAGAUCUUUCCCCCGAGCGCUACAGCUAGAUACCCAGAGCUCCCCUUCAAGAUUACCGCAGUUACAACAGCAUCAACAUGGAAAAUCAGUGGAAAAGGGAGGAAACCCAAUUUCUCCUCAAAGAAAUACAAUACAUUCAAUAAAAACCGUACAUUCGAGUGCUCCUAGUUCGCAUUUAUCACCAAAGUCUGCUUCAACUCCCUCGGCCCGCAAUAGCGCACCUAAUCGCCGCGAUUUUAACAGCCCUCUUUCUGGUCAUGCUCCCACAACUACCCAUCUCUUGAAAACUGCAACGCCUACUCCAUCGUCAUUUCCUCCACUGCCCUUGCAGACGUAUCUCUCACUUGCGCUCUCAUCUCCUACGUCCCAUGCUAAGCCAACGACGUUUCCUUCCCCGCGAGAGCCUGGACCUACCCCAUCAACAAGUACACAUUACCCUCCCCAACAUCACCCAGAUGACUCGGCGGCCAUUGCAUUUGAGCGAAUAACAAAUUUCCUUCUCCUACCAGGCAAACUUGAAGGGGCGCUAUGGUUUGGGAUGUUGGCCUGUCUUGACAGUUGGCUUUAUAUGUUUACGAUUCUCCCACUUAGAGAUCUCUGCACUGUGAACUGCCCAACUAAUUCGAGUCGUGGCUUAAGAUCAGCGACAGAUUAUGCUCUGCGCAAGGUUCUAAGGCCGCUUGGAUUUUUCUUACUUGCAUUGGUCUACAACACAUUACAUUCUACAGCACUUUUUUACCAAGUGAUAACGCUCAAUGUUGCCGUAAACUCAUAUUCUAAUGCUCUUGGGACUCUAAUACUCUCUGUCCAAUUCGUUGAAAUUAAAUCAACAGUUUUUAAAAAAUUUGAGAAAGAAAGUCUUUUCCAAUUGACCUGCGCUGAUGUUGUAGAACGUUUUCAGCUAUGGCUCAUGUUGGUCAUUAUUGCAUCACGGAACCUAGUUGAGGUUGGAGUGUGGUCGCUCGCCGGCGCUGACAGUAGCUCCAGAAGUAGUGGUGGAGUCUUGCCUAGAAGUUUUACUAUUUUUCCUGAGUGGACAGGUCAGGUUAUGGGCCCUUUCUUGAUAGUCCUGGGCAGCGAGAUGCUAGUUGAUUGGUUGAAGCAUGCCUAUAUCACCAAAUUUAAUAAUACCAGACCAGCCGUAUACGAACGGUUCUUGGAUGUGCUUUGCAAAGACUAUUACUCACAUGCUUUCACAGAUCAAAACUUGACCAAAAGGCUCGGUUUGCCCGUGAUCCCAUUAGCAUGUCUUUUUAUUCGUGCAAGCCUUCAGACUUAUCAAAUGUUUCUUGCAACCCACGUGCCCUUACCUCUCCCUUCGGCAACAACAUCUCUCUCAGAAUCCGACGUAUCGCCAGUAACGACAGCCGCUCUUGCCAAUUUCGACGCUAUACUACGUCGCGCACUAGGCGGGUCGCCGUUCGGGGGAAGUACGGGUUCAUCACCAGAAUCGUCCUCAGACAACCUGUUUGCCAUUGCCAUGCUACUCAUAUUCUUCCUUGGCUUCUUCCUGGUCUGCUUGGCGGUCAAGCUUGUGCUUGGGAUCUGUCUCCUCACAUUUGCGCGUAAACGCUACAAGGGUAUGAAGGAGCGUGCGGGAAUGAACUUUAUGACUGGGGCGAGAAAGGUUGGUGGUUUUGGGCUUAUAGAUGUUUCGGAUGAUCAGAAGAAGUGGAUCUAUGCGGAUGACCCGGCGGGCGAGAGGGCGAUGAAGGAGAGAGAGAAUCGACCGCUGCCUAGGGAGAUCAACCUAGAUGAUGUGAAGAGGUAUAGCAUGGCUGCUAAGAGGAUAUGGUAG